GGUGACCAUCUAAAAUAGAAAACAGCAGGACAAUUGCUAUGUCAUCAAACAUGAUCAUCAUCAGUACUAGGGUUUCUUUAGGCCAUGUUAUUAGUCUUGACCUGUCUAGGCAGCAUUGAUGCAUGUUCAUGUGUUCUUUUUCUUAAACUGUCAGUCAUUAUUUGACUAUGUUGUAUUGCUGUUGGCAUGUACCAAUAUUUCAUGGCAAAUCUUAUAUCCCAAGUUUUUUAUAUGCCGCAGAGGACUAAGUACAACAACAUGGAGCCGGAUGUUGUUGAUUUCUUUGGGGAAUGUAUGAAUAGUCCCCGAAAUGGUCGUACUCCGCUUGCAAAUGAGAUAUAUGAGCAAAUGGUUGCAGAGAAGGAAAGAGAGCCAGAAGAAGGAGAAGCACAAAAGUCACCCUCCAAGCUCAACAGGCCACACUUGAAGAAAACCAAAGUUUGCUGUGCCAGACCCAAGAGGAAGUGAAGGGGAUGCAUACCAAGUUUGAAGAGACCAAUGCACUGCUACGAGCUGUCCUGAAACUUCAGAAAGAUUGAGGUAGGGAUGCAUACCAAGUCUGAGGAUGAUGCCUUUGCUUAAGGUUUUUCUACCUUGCUAGAACAUAUCUGUGGUUAGAACUUUGUCAGAACUACGUGCAAUCUGUUUGAAUGCUUCGAACCUUUGUGGUGGAACCUUUGUAUGUUUGAACCUCUGUUGUGGAAGAACUAGUGUGCUAGAAUUGUGUAUGACUUGUGAUGAGAAUGUUGUGUAUGAUGGCUUUUCUGUGUAUUAUGAUUCUGUGAGCUAUCAUGAGAGCUCAGUGUGUCGUCACUGUA